AUGUGGGGUCUGGCGCAUGGUGCUUAUGCUGCUCGUGCCGCGUGGGGGCAUGGGGUGUUGGGGUGCGUGCUUGCGCUGCAGCCGUUAUUGCAUGUGAUUUCUGAGAAUUCUCAAAAUUCCCGUACACUGCACUGGUUGCUUGCUCUCAUCUCCCGCUUCUCUCCUCCUCUCUCUCCUUCUAGUCCCCGCUUCUCUCCUCCUCUCUCUCCUUCUCGCCCCAGCUUCUCUCCUCCUCUCUCUCCUUCUCGCCCCCGCUUCUCUCCUCCUCUCUCUCCUUCUCGCCCCCGCUUCUCUCCUCCUCUCUCUCCUUCUCGCCCCCGCUUCUCUCCUCCUCUCUCUCCUUCUCGCCCCCGCUUCUCUCCUCCUCUCUCUCCUUCUCGCCCCCGCUUCUCUCCUCCUCUCUCUCCUUCUCGCCCCCCGCUUCUCUCCUCCUCUCUCUCCUUCUCGCCCCCGCUUCUCUCCUCCUCUCUCUCCUUCUCGCCCCUGCUUCUCUCCUCCUCUCUCUCCUUCUCGCCCCCGCUUCUCUCCUCCUCUCUCUCCUUCUCGCCCCCGCUUCUCUCCUCCUCUCUCUCCUUCUCGCCCCCGCUUCUCUCCUCCUCUCUCUCCUUCUCGCCCCCGCUUCUCUCCUCCUCUCUCUCCUUCUCGCCCCCGCUUCUCUCCUCCUCCCUCUCCUUCUCGCCCCCGCUUCUUCCCUCCGUUUUGCUGCCGGCGCAGCAUGAAGCUCCCAGCGCCCUCCUCACCCUCCCGCACUCCCUUCUCCCCCUCCUCUUCCCUUCCUCCUCCGCCUCUCUCCGCCCACUCCCUCCCCCACAUCCAACCCCCCCAGCCCCGCGUCGCAGCCGGCGCAGCAUGAAGCUCCCAGCACCCUCCUCGCCGUCCUCUGCCGCCCACGCCGCCCGGGCGGCAGCGGAGGUGGAGGCGGCGCGGCAGCUGAAGCGCGAGGAGGCUGCCCGGCGCCGCAAGCAGCAGUCGGAGCGGGCAGCGCGCGCCGUCCAGGAGAACGCAAUCCAGAAGAUUCUCGGGCAGGACGGGUCGAGGAAGCGGAGGGAGCAGAAGAUUCAGAAGAAGCGGCAGGAGGAGGCUGAGGUGGGUGGAGGGGAUGGUUGGAGGGGGGAGCGCCUGGCAGCCAGUCAGGUGCCGCCACCUGGCUUCGUACGCAUGCGCUUCACAGCAGACGGUGUGAUGGUAGCAUGGUCACCUGACUCCCAACAGCCCCUCAUGUUCCGCCCCCAGCGGCCCCUGCCCCUCCCCCCCUGCCCCUCCCCCCCUGCCCCUGUGAGUCUUUAUAUUCCCUGCCAUCUCCCCAGCCCCCCCUGCCCCUGUGAACCCCCUCCUCCUGUGAGCCCCGACUGCCCCUGUGUCACUCACAAUGCCUGCUGCAUUCUAUCAGUCCGCUGCCACUCACCCUCACCGCUCCCAUCCCGCCUGCCCAUCACAUCCCACUCUCAAUCUCCCUCCUCAUUCGCCCCCACUAAGCCACACGCGCCGGGGUGCCACACUCCCUUCCGCUAUCGCGACUCCAAGACCCACCUGCCGCUCUGCUCCCUGCAGUGCUACAAGACGAUUCACGCCGCCCUGCCCGCUGCUGCUGCUGCUGCUGCUGCUGCCCCAGCCGCAGGGACUUAA